AUUGAAGCAACCUCUGUGUACCUCUCGGGGGUUGCUGUUCUUUCGUGUUCCCUUCUCCAAACCAAACGACCUCCUUAAAAUAAUUUUCAUUGGAUAAGUACCGAAGAUUCGGUAAUAAGGCAACGCAAUGAGGAGAGGAAAUCCAGGUCACGACGAACAACUGAAAAACAAAAGAAAAUGAAGAAUCCCGUAGACGUCACUGGAGAAGAUCUUCACCCUGAGAAGCAUGACCCCCUCCACGUUAAACAGGAAGAGGAGUCCGACAUGCCUUGGAUCAAACAGGAGGCGGAGCCAGAGACCCCUGAUAUUAAAGAAGAAAAACAUGAAGUUGAAAUCCUCAAGUUGCCAAUGGGUGUCAGUGUAAAGAGCGAAGAAGACAAAGGUCCAAGCGAUGACAGAGGAGCAGCAAAACCCUUAAGCGACAGCUCGUUUCAGCACUUGACAACAAAAGGAAAGGGACGAUCGCAACCGGACGGCCUCUUAGCUCCGCUUUCGGACAGCGACGACAUAACGUCACAUUCUUCUGACUUUAAUACUGUUGAGGAGGAGGAUGACUUUGACCAAAAUUCUUCAAACCCUGUAGAGAAGUCGUCAUUGAAAAGAGACUCAAAAGUAUGUGCGGUUGGGAAACCUUUUCCCUGCUCACUUUGUGAUAAAACAUUUCCAUGGAAAUGCAAGUUAAAGGCACACAUGCAUACACACACUGGAGAGAAGCCUUUUUCCUGCACAGUUUGUGGUAAAAGAUACAUCACGAUGGCAUAUUUAAAGAUUCACACAAGAAAACACACUGGAGAGAUGCCUUUUGCCUGCACACUUUGUGGGAAAAGAUUCACCAAUAAGGGAGUUCUAAACAAGCACACAAGCACACACACUGGAGAGAAGCCUCAUGCCUGCACACUUUGUGGUAAAAGAUUCAUCGAGAAGGGUGAUUUAAACAAACACACAAGAUUACACACUGGGGAGAAACCUUAUGCCUGCACACUUUGUGGUAAAAGAUUCACUCAGAAGGGACAAUUAGUAUUGCACACAAGAAACCACACCGGAGAGAAACCUUUUGCCUGCACACUUUGUGGUAAAAGAUUCACCGAUAAGGGAGUUUUAAACAAGCACACAAGCACACACACUGGAGAGAAGCCUUAUGCCUGUCCACAUUGUGAUAAAAAAUUCUUCACGAAGGCAAAUUUAAAAAUUCACACAAGAACACACACUGGAGAGAAGCCUUUUGCCUGCACACUUUGUGGUAAAAGAUUCAUCGAGAAGGGGGGUUUAACCAAACACACAAGCACACACACUGAAGAGAAGCCUUAUGCCUGCACACUUUGUGAUAAAAAAUACUCUGCAAAAGCCAAUUUAAACCUUCACACAAGAACACACACUGGAGAGAAGCCUUUUGUCUGCACACUUUGUGGUAAAAGAUUCAUCGAGAAGGGAGGUUUAAACAAACACACAAAAACACACACUGAAGAGAAGCCUUAUGCCUGCACACUUUGCGAUAAAAAAUACUCCACAAAGGCAAGUUUAAACAUUCACACAAGAAACCACACUGGAGAGAGGCCUUUUGCCUGCACAGUUUGUGGUAAAAGAUUCAUCGCCAAGGGUGAUUUAAACAAACAUACAAGAACACACACUGAAGAGAAGCCUUAUGCCUGCACACUUUGCGAGAAAAGAUUUAUUCAGGAGACUGAUUUAGAAAGACACAAGCGCAAACACACUGAAAUACAUAAUGAUAUGAAAUGACAUAAAGAACGAACGGGCAUGUUUUUUUCCGGGCUGAGGAACUUUGGUGGGGUCAAAGUGCAUCAUUCGCUGUCGCCUUGAAAAUCUGCACUGCCCCCUAGGGCGUGGCAUGAAUACUACAUCGUUUUCAUGCGGAAUUGCAACAUUGUUCGAAUGGAGACGGGCCCAAACAUAUGAAAACAUGAAAUUUUUCGUCUUCUCGGAGAGUCACCAUGUAAACGGCCCCUUAAGAUUUGCCGCGCGGUUUGACAGCUCGCUACAGUCUAUCAACACCUCUGGCUGCAUUCAAAAUGUGGGUGUUAGAAGGAGUGUUGUGAUCAGGUGAGAGUUUGGAUAAUUUGGAGAGUGAAAAGUUUAAGUGAGUUGAGAGAAGGGGACAGUAGUUUAUACUUGGAUGGAACCAGCAAGAAAGAGGACUUCCUCUCUGUGGAUUUUUUAAAAAAUAAAACAAUGAAAAUCCCCACCAUCCUGUAGCUACAUCAAUGUCCAAAUUACACAAGCAUAAUUAGUACUCUUUUCAUGUUACACAAACACGUUUACUGUUCUCUCCAUCAUUACGUGUAGGGUACACACAAGUCCGUUGGCUUCUGGCUUGGUGAUCAGAGUAUCCACUUGCUGUGCUGGAUGCAUCGUACGUGUGGGUUCGAGUCCUGUCCUGGGCAAAUGGGGCAGAUUGCUGGGCGGAUCCAUGCAACACUGGCUACUUACGCACAUGUCAUUUUCAGGAAAAAACAUUUCACAACCUGCCACAUUAUUAUAAUGCCAUUUAUGGAAUCAUUUUCACACAUACACCCACUACACUAAAAAAAUAUAUUGGAAGAUUUACUUCAUGAGUAACGUAUGACUGUGACUGUAUGUGGCCACUCCUCUUUCUGGACCCAAAAGUUCAUACGUUUAUAUGUAUAAUUUGUUGUAAAUUUUUGGGGAGCUGCUUGGCACUGCUGACCUACAGGACAGGAAAACAAUGAAAAGAAAAUUGAAGAAGAAAUAUACUUAUGAGAUAAUCUAUGUAAAUCGAGGAUUUAGUGAGACAAUAUUUUGCUAAAUAAUACCUUCCCAACAAACACACACAAAAAUUAACGAAUCACUCGUGGUUGGGAGACAAAUGACUGUGAUUAUACACUUAGCCAGUAGGUGGUUCCGUGGACACAUGAAGCUCUGAGUAAUUAACCCUUUCUCGAACCACUUGGCUCAAGUGGUGCAAUGCCUCAUGAGGCGUCAUUUCACCAUCACUGUUAUGAUAACAGGCUUCAACAAACCAACACAACACAAACAAUACACAGUUGGUUGUUGGUAGCUGGAGUUGUCCUUGGACCGUAGGGUCAGUGGUUCGAUUCCCGGCUAUGACUGCCCACUGUCGAAGUGCCCUUGGGCAAGGCACUGAACCCUGAUUUGCCUCCAAUGGGUUGACAGCGCCUUGCAUGGCAGCAGCCCCAUUGGUGUGUGUGAAUGUGUGCGUGAAUGGGUAAAUGUGUGCCAAUGUAAAGCGCUUUGGGCAUGGUAACCAUGCAGAUAAAUGCGCUGUAUAAUAAUUGCCACGUUUACAUGGAGCCAAAUAUUCCAAUUACAAUCGGAAUAUUUGUUCAAACCGAAUAAAUGUGUUCCAUAUAAACACCUCAUUCAGAAUGAACAGGCCCAAACCGAAUGGAAUUUCAUUCCGAUUCACAGGGGUGGAAUAUUCCUUUUCCCAAACCGAUUAGAAGUAAAAUUAUAUCAUGUAAACAGGGAAGCGGAAUGGUGUCUGGUUGCGUUCUUUCUGCACAUGCUCCGUACUGACGUGGUGAUGUCACUUUGUGACGUAAGUAACGUCACUUGCAACAUGGCUUCCAAGCACAGCGCACCUAAUUGAAGUCCGGCGGAAAGAUUGUAUUUAAUUCAAACUUUAAAAGAAUUGAAUAUAAUUGCUCACUUAGACGGGCGUAAAACGAGGAACAGUGAACUAUUUAAAAAAGUUCACGAGAGGUUACACGAAGCCGGAACAGACCGGAGCGUUGACCAGAUUAGAAACCGGUGGAAAACCGGCUACUACAAGGCAAAAGAGCAAAACAGCAGAAGCGGAUACGACCCCACAAACACAACAAGUGGGUUAAAGUUAAAACAGCAGCACUCCGACGAUCGAUCUCCAUGUUAUGCAACGUGACGCUUUGUUUUGAUUAAUCUGCGGAUGUCAGACGGCAGUUGUCAAACGUCCUUUCGGAAUAAAGGCAGUCACAUGUAAACGCUGGAUCGGAAUAGAUGAAGUGACAUAUAAACAGCUGAUCUGAAAUUUCCAUUCGGAAUGAUUUGAAUCGGUAUGAAUAAAAGUCAGCAUGUAAACGUGGCUAGUGAUGUGUCGGUCGCGAACGAGCCGGUACAAAGAAGUGAACGAAGAGAGCCGGCACAACACCGGCACCCUCCCUCGAGAGCUGGCUCUUUAUUUUCCCUCCCUCUCCCUCUCUCUUGCGCUCGUUCUCGCUUUCUCACAUGUCUGAAGCGAGGUGUGGCAGUGGCUCAGGUGAGGGAGUGCCGUGCGCAGAGAGGGAGAAAGGGGAGGGGCCAGGGGCUUGGUAUUACUGCACGCCACGCCACGGAGAGCACGCCACGCUGAGCACCGUCCGUCGCGCAGCUGCAAGUGCACAGCCACAGACACACGGGAGGAGGAGGAAAAGACGACAGACAAACGUAGGCCUUCAAGAUGAGCUGAAAACGCAGUAACAUUAGGAUACAUUUUAACUGGUUAAAGUCAGAUGACAAUAGGGCAGAAUGCCGUGUCUGCAAACUUAACCCCAUAUAGCCUAAUGUAACACAUUUGAUACACUUAGAAUUUCAUUAUUUUGAGACUCUAAUUUAGAAAUUUGAUUUUUUUUUUUUUUUAAUGAUGGAUGCAAAUCAACACAUGCAUCUGCAGGUUUCAUGAGAAGAAAAAAUCUGGCUAAAGUCUUAGCUAAAAGACUGGACAAAUAAUUACUGAGAGAAGGAGCCGGAUCAGCCUGUCAAAGUUGAAGUAUUUAGUUUUCUUGAAUGCAAAUUUAAAAUAAAGCAAGGAGUAGCUUAUGUUUGUUAAAAUAAAGCAAGGAGUAGCUUAUGUUUUGUUCGCUGCUGCUGUUGCAGUUACUACUCACAGUUUUUGUUAUGAUGCAGGAUGUUUGAUUGUUGUUGGUUGAAGUUUAAUUUGGUUGCUUGUUUAUUGUUUGG